UCGCUACCUUUCCUCGUGUCCUCUUGGGACUGACGUAUCCGCUCUCCAUCAUUCAUUUUCACACCAGAGGAAGUGUGUGUGUGUGUGUGUGUGUGUGUGUGUCCUGUAGAGACGCUCACAUCACACACACACACUUGCGCCGGUGCAGAGAAACAGGACAGUGACGUCUCAGGAAAGGAAGAGAGCAAGAGGGGACAGGUACAUAGAGGGGACGUUCAGCCCUGGCUACUGUCCAAAGCUCUUCACACACUCAGCCGUCCACUGCAGACAGCAACAGUCUCUGUCUUUGACCGUGGGAGAAGGCAGAGGAGUGUGAAGGACACACAAACCCAGGUAAAUGGAUCCAGUGCAGCCCAUUCAGAGCUGCCCAAUGCCUGAAGAACAUACUGGAGUUCUAGGACUCCACAAACCACCAGUCCCAGCCCUGCUUGGAAACCCUUGCAAAAUGGCUGCAUCCUCACACUGCCAGAUGGUCAUGACUGGAAACCCACCAGUGUUGGGACAGACCCCGGCACUGCAGACAAUCCCAGCCGUUCAGCAGAGAACCAGACCAGACUCCACCGCACAAUCCACAAAAUGCAUCAGCAUCAGUCGACCCAGGCCUACGGCACUGGGCACCAAGACGUCAAUCAAAGUCUCCAGACCCACUGAGCCUCCAUUGCAGGUUAAAGCUACGGGAACGCCCAACUUCCUGUCGCACUCCCCAACCGAGUCACCAUUGCCUUAUUGCAGCCCCCAAAACCCGCUGAGCCCCACUUCUCAACUUGGUUUCAACCCCCCAACCAUUCCUCCGACACUUCCAAGCCCUCCAUCACAGCCUGUCCGUGCUAACACACACAAUAACCUAAUCGCCAGACCAAUCCCCAACCCAAACCCCAGCUCCCCGUCUAGCCCCGUUGCUCAACCGAUUCCAAGUCCCGAAGCACAUGUACCAAACACAGGAGACACUACUGAGAAGAAGUUGAACAAGACCAUCAGCGAAGAGGGGGAUUUCAGAGUGCAUAUUGUCACAUGGAAUGUAGGCUCUGGUAUACCACCUGAUGACAUCACUUCCUUGUUUGGACCUGGUGUUGAAAAUGGGAGCACUGACAUGGUGGUUGUCGGACUGCAGGAAGUAAACUCAAUGAUAAACAAGCGGCUCAAAGAUGCUCUCUUCAUAGACCAGUGGAGCGAGCUCUGCAUGGACACACUCAGUCGUUUUGGAUACGUAUUGGUGGCAUCUCAGAGGAUGCAGGGGGUUUUCUUACUGGUGUUUUCCAAAUUCUGCCACCUUCCCUUCCUCAGAGGAGUACAAACCCAAAGCACUCGCACUGGGUUGGGAGGCUACUGGGGGAAUAAAGGGGGCGUAAGUGCACGCAUGAUGGUUUUUGGACACCCUGUGUGCUUCCUCAACUGCCACCUGCCGGCUCACAUGCGUAAUCUGGAGCAGCGGAUGGAGGACUUUGAAAGCAUCCUGCAGCAGCAGCAGUUCGAGGGCGGCACGGCUGUGGGUGUGCUGGAUCACGAUGUGGUGUUCUGGUUCGGUGAUCUGAACUUCCGAAUCGAAGGUUAUGACAUUCACGUGGUGAAAAGUGCAAUUGAGAAUGACAAACUGCCUCUGCUGUGGGAAAAAGAUCAGCUCAACAUGGCGAAAAAAAGCGAAUCCGUUCUGGAGGGGUUUAUAGAAGGACCCCUCAAUUUCCCGCCAACUUACAAGUUUGAUGUGGGGACACAUACUUAUGACACAAGUGCAAAAAAGAGAAAGCCUGCAUGGACGGAUCGCAUCUUGUGGCGUUUGCGCAGGACGGGCUCCCCCGUACCGUCUCAUAAUUCUGCACUACAGCGGGGUUUGACCUCAUGGCUGGGCGGCGCCACCAGAGUUUCCCAGCAAGUCUAUCGCAGUCAUAUGGGCUUCACCAUUAGUGAUCACAAGCCGGUGUCCGCCCUCUUCUCUUUGCAUUUUCCCUUUAAGGUGAACUUACCAUUAGUGACACUGGAAGUGGAGAAGGAAUGGACCAAGUUCUCUGAUGCUACAGUUAAGCUCUCAAUGGCCCAUGGCUUUCAGAGGAGUUCAUGGGACUGGGUGGGACUGUACAAGGUGGGAUUUAAGCACCACAAGGAUUACGCUGCAUAUGUAUGGGCCAAAUCUGAGCAUUCGACACAGGUGACGUUUUCUGAGGAGGAUCUGCCAAGAGACCCGGGAGAAUAUAUUCUGGGAUAUUACAGUAACAACACCAACAGCAUCGUAGGAGUGACAGAACCAUUUCAGGUGCAGCUGCCCAUGUCCACGCCGCCUGGACCAGCGUGUCGUUCGCGCUCUGACAGUUCUGACGUCAGCUCUGAAGAUGACAGUACGCUGGUGCUGUUGGCCCCCAUCUCUCGUAGCCCCAGCCCUGGAAACCACAGCAGCAAACGGCAUCACCAGAAGCGCCAGCGCAGCCGCAGCCCCGCCGUGCCGGCGCUCUCCGGGACACCUCUUCCCUCCCUGCAGUCUCUCAGCCUGUGCCCACGUCCCCGCGACGGCCCAGCACGGAGCUCCUCCCCACGCCCUUCAGCCAAUGCCAAGAAAGAGCGUCUGGUUUCUCCAGACACAUUAACCUCGCCCUCCCUCAGUCCUCUCAGUCCACGGAGCCCAGUGUCCCCCGUCAGCGCUCCGGAGGCUCUGAUAGCAGCCAUUUUAGGAGAGCCCAGGCAUCCUCAGAUAGGAAAAGCAGGCGAUGUGAUUCUCUGACCAAUCCCCCCUUCCCUGUCACUUCAUUACUAGACUUUAGCAGAUAUCGUAAUGCAACUACUUGAGAGAAUUGGCCUGUUUCAGGUCGUCCUCUGGCGCCUUUCAGACCUACAGCUGUUUGUGCGCUCAUGCCUUGUUGUGCUUAAUCGCUUCACAAACUUAUUCUCAGUUCUCAGUGAUAGAUUGUAAAUGGUGACAGUACAACAGUGCACAUCAGCCUUAUAGUGCAGGACAACCUGACCCAAGGUAAAACUGUCCUUUUACCGUAGAAUCAAAGCAAACAGUGAUGUCAGCAUUCAUCUCAGCCUUUACUCUUAACUAGUCAGUGACCGGGCUUUAAUGGCCGUUGUCAAGAGGUUUAUUGUGGAAAAUUAAACAACAUUAUACUUACAGUACUGUACUUUGUUAUCUAAAAGAAAAUUAUAGGAAGUUUUCUCCUUUCCUUUUUAAAGUUGAUAAUCCUAUUUAUUGAUUUAACAAUGGUGUAUUUAAUUAUUUGAAUUUAGAAAACUACCAGUUGAGAACCGCUGUGGAUAGACUGUAAAUAUACAGUGGGGUCCAAACGUCUGAGACCACAUUUAAAAUCUGGAUUCAAAAUCUAACUUAAAACUUGAAGUAUAUAUAUAUAUAUAUAUAAAUAAGAAAAUAGAAGCACUUUUACUGGUGGACUUGUAUUUGUAUGUGUGUAGAUAUAGGCUACACUACUAUUCAGAACAUUUGGGGUUAGUAAGAUUUUUUGUUGUUGUUUUUGAAAGAAAUGAAUACUUUUAUUUAGCAGGGAAGCAUAAAAUUAAUGAAAGCGAUACUAAAGACAAUUCUAAUGUUACAAAAGAUUUCUGUUUAAAAAAUGCUGCUCUUUUGAACUAUUCAUCAAAGAAUCCUGAGAAAAUGUAUCACAGUUUCCACAUCUUUAACACUGUUAAUAAUCAGAAAUGUUUCUUGAGAAGCAAAUCAGCAUAAUAGAAUGAUUUCUGAAGGAUCAUGUGACACGAAGACUGACCACAAACCUUGGAAUGGUCAGUGUAUGAGACAAAAGACACCAUUGUUUAAUAAAUAUAGUUUACUAGUCAAACCAUAGCCUGUUUGCUGACAGCAAAUAAAAGUAAGAUGUACAUUAUUUUAUAGGAAAAUAUAUUUAUUCAAAAUUCUAAACAAAUUGACAAGAUAAAAUAUUUCAGAAUUCAUUCAGAACAGAUAAUUAGGUAUAGAUAAUUCAAGAAGGUCAAAUGUCAUCCUAUUAAUUGUUGAUACGUCGGUCUAUCACUGCUGUUAACAACUGGUUAUAAAUGGGUCUAAUAGUAUACGAGUGCACACAUGCCAGGUUUGGCACAUACUAUAAGACCACCAUCCCAGAUUUUAGAAGUUAAUCAUUAACGUCCAUCAAUCUUUGCUGAAGUUUUGUCAAGCCAACAGCCUCUCCUGAAAAAGAGCAAACCUUUGACAGGAGCGGCUGAUUGAAGACAGCCAAUCACAUCAGCUCUGCUCAUAGCAUUUUGUGUCAUUAUUUGAUCUAUUAGAGCUGAGUGAAGCUGGUGUGAGGUGUGUGUGUAUGUGUGUACCUACUUAACCAUAUUUUGGGGACAAAUUUGUACCCAAAAGUGAGGUAAACCUGACAAAAUCUCCCAAAAAUCCUCCUUUGUAAAACCGGUUUAAAAAUAAAGCAAACAAAGGUUUUUUGAAAUUGUAAAAAUGCAGAAAGUUUCCUGUAAGGGGUAGAUUUAGGUGUAGGGUGAUAGAAAAUACAGUUUGUGCAGUAUAAAAACCAUUACGCCUAUGGAAUGUCCCCAUUUAGAUAGCUAAGUAAACGUGUGUGUGUGUGUGUGUGUGCGUGUGUGUGCGCGUGUAAACACAUAUUGACUGUGAAAAAGUAAACACCUAAAAGACAUGUGAGUUUAGCAAAAGUCAAACAAAUAAAUGUCAGGACUGAUUGACCUUUAAAUAAAAGAAGACAAUCAAAUAUAACUUAGCCUGACAGUAUAUUGAUUUCAUGUCAUCAGCAUAUCAUCGCAAACAUUUCUCACUUUUGCAUAUCUCCCCUUUCUGUAUUCUCUGUUCAUGUUUUCAACAGUACAGAUAAUCUGUAAAGGUAAAGAACUGUAUUUUACUGUCCUCCUUUUCUCUUGUAUUUUUUUGUCUUAAAUAAUUUAGCUGGAGAGCAAAGAACACUGAGUUUGUCUAUAAUCAUUGAUUUAUUGACUUAUAUUGUAUUUUUUUAAUCAAUUCAAAGUCAAAUGUUUUCCUGUGGCGUGAUUGUCCUCAUCUUGAACUGUGAAGUACAGAAAUGUGUCAAAAUGAACAAUGAGGACACAAUGCUAUACCAUAAAAAUAAAAAAGAAAUCCAAUUUU